AUGAGAAGGGCCGACUCGUGCCUAUUCGCGCCAUAUCGAUCCGUCGGCCUCGUCUGCAACGAUGUCCGGCCGGCUUACAGACAACAACCCGGUUUUCGCCGCUUCACCUCGCUAGUUUGCGCCGUUGAUAAUGUGGUGCUUCACUAUCGAGCCGAGAAACUUCGACUAGCCGCAACGUCAGACUCAUUUCCGGAGAAGGUCACGCAUGUGAUGUGCGAUAAAAAUUGCAUUUAUGGCGUUGCCGGUUCUCGCAUCGGAGUGCUGCCAUUAUGCCGGGAUAUUACACGCUGGAUUGACACGGUGAAGUCCACGAAACACUGCAUCAUAUUUGGCAGCCAAUUUGUUGUUGUCGACGUGGACAAUGGUUUGCGGGUUAUUGACGUUGAAGAUGGGACGAUAGCACUGCAUAUCGAAGGCUCGCCCCAUUUUGACAUCAGUGCCCUCGUCCAUCCUCCCACAUACGUCAAUAAGGUGCUAUUCGGAAGUUCUCAAGGCAAGCUGCGGCUGUACAACACGAGGACGGGCAAGAUGAUCCAUGAAUUUGCUAGCAAAUUCGAUGCCCCGAUCGUGAGAUUGGAGCCAACGCCUGCCGUCGAUGUAAUCGCCAUCGGUCUCCAGAAUGGACGCAUUAUUUUGCACAAUGUCAAGACAGACGAAACCGUCUGCAGUUUCCGGCACGACAAUGCGAUUACGGCGAUCGGAUUUAGAAACGACGAGGCUCCGUUGAUGACCACAGCAGAUGAAACGGGUAUGAUCGCUGUCUGGGAUCUGGAGAAAAGAGAACUGCUCGGCCGAAUUUCUGGAAUUCACACAGCAGCCGUCACCUCUCUCUACUUCAUGCCGGGCGAGCCUGUGAUGAUUUCUACCUCGGAAGAUAAUUCGAUGCGUGCAUGGAUUCUUGAUCAGGCCGAUGGCAUGCCGCGGCAGCUUGUCAUCCACGAGGGCCAUUCUGAGGCCAUACAGACAAUUUUAUUCACUGGCCAACACGAGGUGAUGUCCGCUGGGCUCGACGGGUCGCUACGAAAAUAUUCAGUCGAGAACCAGGCGAUGCGCCACAAACUGGGAAGCGCCGGGACGAUGGCGAAAGCCAAAGCUAAGAAAAUGCACAUCGAUUUGGACAGCAUCAAGUUGGAACCGAUUGUCGAGAUUGCGAUGGGUACAACCCGUUCGGCACAAUGGGACAAUGUUCUCUGUAGACAUCGCGAUACGUUAGUCGUGACAACGUGGACGACAUCUAAAAGUACACAAGGAACGCAUAGAUUGGCCCACAAGCGAUUUACGAAAACGGACACCUGGCAGGGGACGACCGCCACCUCGAUCGCCAUCUCGCCAUGCGGAAAUUUUGCAUUCAUUGGGUAUUCCUCUGGGCAUAUCGAUCAAUACAACGUCCAAUCUGCCCGUCUCAAGCGUACAUUUGUAGCUGAACUGACGGAGGAAUCCAAAGAAAAUGGUGUCGCACAUGACACUGCCGUUUGCGGCCUCACCGUUGAUGCCCUGGGCCAUGAACUGAUCAGCGGUGGUCGAGAUGGGCGGCUGAGAUUUUGGGAUCUUCGCACGGGCAAGAUGAAGGCCACCUUGAAAGCGACAGGCAGCAUCGUGAAGAUGGUCUCCUGUAAGGCGAACAGUCUGUUGGCGGUCGCUUUGGAAAAUCUGGAUGGCUCAUCCUUCGUCUCGGUUUUCGACAUUUUGACGCGAAAAGCUGUGCGUGUGUUCAAGACGAUUGGAAACGGGCUCUUGGCGCUGGAAUUUUCGUCAAAUGGUCGCUGGCUGUUGACGUCCGAUGCCGAGGGAUACAUUCGGAUUUGGGAAUUGUCAACCUCUUCCCUCAUCGACGUGAUGCUGGCUGGAUCUCCCUGCAUCGGGCUGUCGUUCAACGAGACGGGCCACUACCUGGCCACGUGCCACGCCGCCGAGCGCGCCAUCUACGUGUGGGCGAACAAGACGCUGUUCAUCGGGACGAUCCCGUUGAGGUCGUUGCCCUUAGAUUACAAGCCGAGCUGGGAGCAGACGAGAUACAUUCCCGAUGUCGAGGAUGCGCCAAUGGAGGAAUUGACCGCAAAAUUGGAGCAGCUUGACGCAUCGCUUGUCACCUACUCCGGCCUCGCCCCGUCGCGCUGGGCCAAUCUCCCCAACAUUGCAAUCAUCAAGGAACGGAAUAGGCCUGUCGAACCACCGAAGAAACCAAAACAAGCCCCGUUCUUCCUCUCCACUGCUCCGACUCUCGAUGGCUUUGAAUUCGAAAAGAUGGAUACUGAAAACAUCGAAAACGAGGAGCGGAAAAUCCUGGAGGCCAAAAGAAGCAUGCUCGAAAUGGAGAGUACCUUUUCGACAAAGUUGCGGAGAGCAAAGUCCGAGGCCGAUUUCAUUGCUUGUUUUGCCGAUUUGAAGCAGAUGAGCGUGUCAGCGACUGAUUUUCAGAUCCGAACACUUUCCGAGGAUGUUCUUGGCAAGUUUGUGCGUAUGCUAUUGGCGGUGGAAAAGACGCGGCAAAACUUUGACUUGACCCAGGCCUACACGGCGGCUUUCACCAAGAUCCACGGCAAUUCCUUAUGGAAAUCUGACGCAGAUGACGAGCUGACAGAGGCGCUGGCCGAAUUGGGGGAUCUUCAAGAAGAGAUCUGGACAGAAUACGACACGCUGACCCUCCACAACGUCGCCGUGGUCCAGUGGGCGAAGAAUGCGUUGUUA